AUGUUUGUUUCCACUGUUACUACUUAUACUUGUAUACUUCUAUAAAUGACUACUUAUACUUGUAUACUUCUAUAAAUGUUGCGACGCCAACUGGUUCUGAAAUUUUUACGAGUAGCGUUUUAUAUUUGGACCCUGUCCGCACGCUGUUUGUAUCUAACUUGAGGAAAAUUUGAAGUAUAGGUACUUUUAACAACUCAUUGUGAAGCAUUUCAACCCGGAUAAUUUACGUGUUUGUAGGAAAAUGAAGACGAAGGAUAUGAAGCUAAAAAACAAGCAUCGGUCCUCCGGGCCAGCCAAACGGGGCAUCCAUGUGAAAGGCAAAUGGAAAGCUAUAGAGCUCGAUCCCAGUAUCUUCUCUGAGGAGGGCAUGGAGGGUCUGGUGUGUUUUGAAGAGCUGACAAAUUACCGUCUGAUAGACCCUGAAAAGGCUGCGGCCAAAGCAGCAAAAGAACAGAAAAAGGAGAAGAAGAAAAAAGCAAUGAAAAGAAAAGCCAGUGAGGGAGAGGAGGAUGAAGAGAAGGUCGGUGUGGAGGGGAAAGAGAGAGCGAAAACAACUGAACCAGCCAAGAAAAAAACCAAAAAGAAUAAGAAAAAUAAGAAACUGACUGCAACAGAAUCAGUUCAACAAGACAACACUUCUGCGGAAGAAACACAGAAGGAUGGAGGUAACAAUGAGGAUGGACAGGGACAUGAAACAGAAGAUUCUUCAAAAGAUUCAGCUACUGGCUCCAAACAUCAUGUCCAAUCAAAAAAUACUAAGAAGAGCAACAAAAAUAAGAAAAAGAAACAUAAAGGGCAAAAAGAAAAGAAUGCAGAGAGCUCAGAGAAACCGCAAGACCCUGAGCUUUCAUUACAGCUGCAGGUUCUGGAAAAAGAAGAAACUCCUCAAGACAAAGUGACAAAGCCACCUAAAAAGCAGGCAAACAGUUGGACUAAUAGAGCACUUUCUGGUUCUGAUGGCAAAAUCAUUGAUGUGAGUGCAUGGAAGGACCUGUUUGUCCCCUCCACUGUUCUGAAGGCACUGAGCAGCCUUGGAUUUGGUUCACCCACACCGAUUCAAGCCCUGGCAUUACCUUCAGCCAUCAGAGAUCGUAUGGAUAUACUGGGGGCAGCUGAGACAGGAAGUGGUAAGACACUGGCUUUUGGGAUUCCCAUGAUCCACACCAUCCUGGAGUGGAAGAAGGGCUCUGGAAAACCUGUUGAUGACAAUACUGAAGCAACCACAAAAGUGGAGAGUUUGUAUUUACCAGCUCUAGAUUCUACACAGUCAAGAGCCACAGCAGAAGAGGACCAGGAGGACAACAUGAAAACUGAGGAUGAAGGCAUCAAAGAUCAGGGUCAGUGUCACUCGGAUGAAGGUGCCAGCGAGGAUGAUGAGCACAGCACUGAAAAGGCGAUUGAGGAUGAAAGGCUUGGAUGUGUUCGAGUAAUUGAAAAUGCAGAGUUUGAUGCUGACCUCGCUGCUGAAGCAGAAGAAAAACUUGCUGGUGGUGAGAGUCAGCCUUUGCUCGGACUCGUUCUCACUCCCACCAGGGAGCUGGCUGUUCAGGUCAAACACCAUAUUGAUGCUGUCGCAAAGUUCACAGGUAUCAAAACAGCCAUAGUGGUAGGUGGAAUGGCCCAGCAGAAACAGAGGAGGAUGCUAAAGCGCAGACCAGAGAUCAUUAUUGCCACUCCAGGACGACUGUGGGACUUGAUAAAGGAGAGGCAUCCACAUCUACUGAACCUCAGACAGCUCAAAUGCCUGGUCAUCGAUGAAGCCGACCGCAUGGUAGAAAGAGGCCACUUUGCAGAGCUGGAGAGUCUGCUGGAGAUGCUGAACACUGUACACUUCAAUCCCUCGAGGCAAACAUUCGUGUUCUCUGCCACACUGACUAUGGCUCACAGCCUGCCCACCCGCCUCCUGCAGAAGAAGAAGAAGAAUCUGGACCAGAGAAACAAGCUGGAAAUUCUCAUGGAGAAAGUGGGGAUUAAAUCCAAACCCAAAAUCAUUGACCUUACCAGGAAAGAGGCAACAGUGGAGACACUGACCGAGACACGGAUCCACUGUCAGAAAGAGGAGAAAGACUUCUACCUGUACUACUUUUUGCUCCAGCAUCCUGGGCGCACCAUGGUGUUCGCCAACAGCAUAGACUGUAUCAAGAGACUAAACUCGUUGUUGGUUAUCUUGGAGCGUACACCACUGCCUCUGCAUGCCAACAUGCACCAGAAACAACGCCUCAAGAACCUGGAAAGGUUUGCUGAAAGGGAGAGCUGUGUUCUGCUGACUACUGAUGUGGCAGCAAGAGGACUGGAUAUCCCUGAUGUUCAGUAUGUUAUUCACUACCAGGUACCCAGGUCAUCCGAGACUUACGUCCAUCGGAGUGGGAGAACAGCAAGAGCCACUAAAGAGGGUCUCAGUCUGCUAAUAAUAGGCCCAGACGACAUGGUGAACUUCAAGAAGAUUUACAAGACUCUUGGAAAGGAUGAGGAGCUUCCCAUGUUCCCCAUAGAGACCAAAUGCAUGGAAGCAAUUAAGGAGCGGGUAAACUUGGCCAGGAAGAUAGAAAAGAUUGAAUUCCACAACAGCAGAGAAAAGCAGCACAACUCCUGGCUGAGACAAGCAGCGGAGGCCCUGGAGGUGGACCUAGAUGAUGAUCUUUUACUUGGUGGAGCAAGAGAUGAGGAUGCUGACAGAGAGCAGCAGAAGAUGGUUAAGGGGAUGAAAAGGCAUUUGAAGCAUUUGAUCUCCCAGCCUGUGUUCAGGAAUAUGAUGAAGACAAAGUACCCCACUCAAAUGGGAAAGCUCUCUCUGCCUCAGGCAGGGAUGGAUAGUGCUUUAGCCAGGCUUACAGCACAGCAGACGAAGUUAAAGAAAACCGUUCCGCCACAGAGGAAGAGACAGAAACCGAAGAAAGGAAAGCAGCAGCCUUAGUGACUUUUUAAUGGAAUGUGUCCUAUAAAAGGCCAUCUUUGAUAAGGUUCGUGUAAUGUCUGAUUACAUAAAUGUAAUUUUUAACAUUCAAUUCAAGUAAACACUUAUUGCACAAUGUGCAAUUAUAUUUCCGGUUGUCUAACUGCUGUACACUGCAAGAUUUUAUAAAAAUCUGUCUUCAUAAGUG